AUGCCGGAACAGGCGAACGCAGCUGGGGAGGAGGCACGGCAGAAGGCUCGCAGCCAGUGUCUCGUCGACCUGCAGCGUGUGGGAUCUCUGGCAGCCGCCCCUGCCGAGGUGCUGCUGUUGCUGCCAGAGGCCGACUCCAGCUCGGAUCCGGUGUUCGACUUUGACAAGGGUCAUGUUGAAAACUCCACUGUCUUGGGUUAUCUGGACCAUGUUUUCCCACCUCGACAGUGUGAGCACUUGAAACUGCACCUCCAGAGCACAGACUAUGGGAACUUCCUGGCCAAUGAAGCCUCCCCGCUCACCGUCUCCGUCAUAGACGACAAGCUGAAGGAGAAGAUGGUGGUGGAGUUUCGUCACAUGAGGAACCAUGCAUAUGAGCCCCUAGCAAGCUUUCUGGACUUCAUCACGUACAGCUACAUGAUUGACAACGUCAUUCUGCUGAUCACUGGGACCUUGCACCAGCGUUCGAUCUCCGAACUGGUGCCCAAGUGCCAUCCUCUGGGAAGUUUUGAGCAGAUGGAAGCCGUGAACAUUGCUCAGACGCCUGCGGAGCUCUACAAUGCAAUCCUGGUGGACACUCCCCUGGCUGCUUUCUUCCAAGACUGCAUAUCUGAACAGGACCUGGAUGAAAUGAACAUCGAAAUAAUUCGAAACACACUGUAUAAGGCUUAUCUGGAGUCCUUCUACAAGUUCUGCAAGGUGCUGGGAGGUACCACGGCAGAUGCCAUGUGCCCGAUCCUGGAGUUUGAAGCUGACCGGAGGGCCUUCAUUAUCACCAUUAACUCAUUUGGUACUGAGCUGUCCAAGGAGGACCGAGCAAAGCUGUUCCCACACUGCGGCAAGCUCUACCCUGAGGGCCUGGCUCAGUUGGCCAGAGCAGAUGACUACGAACAAGUCAAAAAUGUUGCUGACUACUAUCCUGAGUACAAGCUGCUGUUUGAAGGGGCUGGCAGCAACCCUGGAGACAAGACCCUUGAAGACAGGUUCUUUGAGCAUGAGGUGAAGCUGAACAAGCUGGCCUUCCUCAACCAGUUCCACUUUGGAGUCUUCUACGCCUUCGUGAAGCUGAAGGAGCAGGAGUGCCGCAACAUUGUGUGGAUCGCAGAGUGCAUCGCCCAGCGGCACAGGACCAAGAUCGACAACUACAUUCCCAUCUUCUAACCCUGCUCUGCUCCUGUCCAACCUGCCCGCCCCUGGAGUCCGGAGGGACCCCUGUCUAACUCCCUGAGUUAUCCCUUGCCCAGACUCCAGGGAUGUCCCAUCUGUGGAACUGGCUCAGAUGAGGAAACUGUACAGUUGCUAGUUAAAUUAUUCACAAGCUGAA